GCCUUAAGAUGAGUUAUCAACCCUUUUAUACAGUGAAUUUUGAUGGUAAAACACCAUUGGCGACCAGAUGAGUGAUUGGUGGAUUUAACUAUUUUUUUACGUAACCUCAGAUCACAAACUUGAAAACGAAAAAGUGAACUAUAUUCGGAAACUUUCAUUCUUCUUAUCUGUCAACAUUCAAAGAUGAUACGCUAAUUAAUAGAUUUAUAAAAAGAGUUAUGCUAUUCACCUAUUUGCCUCCUAACCUACGUCUACGCAGGAAUCAGCCUCCUCGGCUGAUUGGCAGGCAGAUGAUGAGUGGUACAGUAGGUGUGGUUAACAUUUCUAAAACGUAACUUUUGAUCAACAAUUCAUAAGCGAAGAAGUGAAGCAGAGAACUAAAUAAUUUAACUUUGAUUCUCUUUAUAUGUCAACAUCAAAAAACAGUAUUCUAUAAAGAGUUGUGCCAUUGUCCUAUUGGGGACUAGGUAAGGCGAGGUGAGCGAUUGCUUCGGAGUAUACGCCCUGCGGCCAAUAUUGGAACUAAAAUAAACGGUGGUGGACAACGAUGCGAGAAUUCAACAACAUCCUCCUGCGGUGGAUCAUAACUGGUCAUCUUUCAAGAGUUCCAGUAGCGGCAGCAAUCUUGGCCGUGACAUUCACUGGACAGUGGCUAACAGCCGAAAUCGCAGAGAUACUCCAGUAAAAAUGGAUGGAGGUGGCAGCAGCCACCAAACCUGGAAUGACGAAGAAGAGGUCACUCUCUACUGUUCCAAUUUCCUGGUCAAUUCGACCGUGGCGCUCGAAUGUGGACAAUAUCUAGUCGGCAAUUUCAUUAUGAAGGCUAUCCAGAUCUGCGUUGAAGAUGUCAGCCGCAAUGAGGACCCCGCCUGGGCUCAAGAGUCCUUGGGUCUCCUGGAAGAUCAGUGUGAAGUAGAAGCCACAUAUCGAAGAGCUUCUGAUUGGCCACGAAAUAUUCUCGGGCGCCCUGUUAUUCCGCCAAUCAUAAUCGAAGCUCUUAAUUGCCCCAAUCGCUGUUCCCACCAGGGCGUCUGUUUACCUUACGGAUGCGUUUGUCAGCCUGGAUUUUACAGAAGUGAUUGCAGUCUAAUGGAUGUUGGCGAUGGGGAUGGAUUGUGUGAUCUUCGCGCAAGCGACUGCCGGAAAAUCAAAAUCGUUGGUUGUGGAUUCAUUGAUUCAUCCCGUUUGAAUUGCCAGAUACAUCCAGGCCGCUAUGACGGGUCCAGUUGGCAACGUGGCAGCUAUAACAACCGCAGCAUUCCAUCAUCGGCUCAGUUUAUUGGUCAAAAACGAAUUAUUUGCCACUUGCUGGUGACGGGCUCAAAUCGUCGCCACGUGCUGGACGAUGUCAGCGAAGAGUUGCACUUGGAAAUCCGCGUCACCAACGACGGCAUCCGUUAUAGUGUACCAACAAGUCGACUUACUAUCUACCACUCUGGAUGUCGAUCGUGCCCAGCCAAAAAAGACAGCUGGCCAUUAUGUGGUGAUCGGGAAGACGUAUGUUAUCUGGACAACUCUUGCUACCCAGACGGGGAGGUCAAUCCGCAUAAUCCGUGCCAGAGCUGUAGUUUGGAUCAUCCCCAAUCCUGGAGCAUUAAUCCCAACAACUUACCCCCUGUCGUCUCUAAUCGGCUGAAAACGACAGCCUACGAUGGCCACGUGUUAGAGUACUUCAUCCAUGCUGUAGAUCAAGAUCCGCUGCAUUUUGGAUUGGUCGAUCCGCUUUCCGACGCCCAAGUGACGCCGGAAGGAAUUUUCCGCUGGAAGGCCGUCUCAAAUGCGCUGUCUCCAUUCAAUCACGAGACUUUUGCACUCACCGUUUCCGACCAAUGUAAUCAUCCUGUUCAUUUCCAUCUACACGUCGAUGUACUACCCUGUCCGUGCCUAAACGGAGGUACGUGCCGUAAUCCGCCAGACGAUUUCAUCACGUCCAAUCAGAUCGAUCCGACGUACCGCUGCCAUUGCAGAGAGGGGUUCACAGGCCCAGAUUGUGGCAUUCGGAUCGAUUUCUGCGACCCUAACCCCUGCCGUGAUGGAUUAUGCUUGAACGAAGUCGAUGGCUAUGUCUGCGACUGUUUCCCAGGCUUUAAAGGCAUCCAUUGCGAUCAAAAGGAUGAAUCCUUAAUCGAGAAUGCUCUCUCUCCAAUCAUGAUAACUAAGCACAACGAUACUUUUUCCAAACAAGACGGUUGUACGGUUCCUUGUCAAAAUGGAGGGACUUGUAUGAGGCGGAAUCGUUGCCAAUGUCCCGAAGGUUUUGUAGGUAGACAAUGCCAGUGGACUGCGCCAACGUGUCAUCCAAGCUGCCUUAAUGGCGGACACUGCAGCCGCCGGAAAGUUUGCGCAUGCAAAAAAGGCUGGACUGGUUCUCGUUGUGAAACUGCGAUUUGUGGGCAGCCUUGUUUGAAUGGAGGUGUUUGCUCAGCUCCUGGCAAAUGCACAUGUCCAGAUGAAUAUCAUGGAUCCAGAUGUCAAAAAGCUAUAUGCAAACCAAAAUGUCGAAGAGGUGGUAAAUGCAUUGGACCGGGAAUAUGUCUCUGUCGGGCAGGUUUCGGUGGAUCAAACUGCGAACUGCGUCUGUCAUCAGCUGGGAAAAGAAAUUGGAAGAAAGCAAACUCUGUCGGUAAAGCCAAGACCAUUUUCCUGGAAACUUGAAAGAAUGAAAAACAUAAUUAUUGUAUCUUAACAAUUCACUCGAUCUUACUUCGUAAUCGGCUCGUAAAUUUUCUUCUUUGAACCCAACCAAUACCGAGUCGUUAACGUAUUUAACUUGCCGUCACGUCAAUUUUACACAAUGGUUAUUGUGUGUGUAGCUGGGACUUGGCCGAAUGUUGUAGCCCACUUUGCUCACUGCCAUCUGUACAGUAAUUUUUUUUAUCUUUUUUGUAUUAUUUUUU